AUGUUAGAUCUUCCGGAACCACAAGGAGGACUUGACCCAUACUCGGUCAUCAGAGCAUUCUCUGCGACCGACUGCUCCGACAUUCGAGAUCGAGUCUUCGCCGUAAGAAUGGUCAUGAGCGAUCCGACGUGCAUCCUCGACUACAACCUGUCCGCCAUCGCGCUGUUCUCUCACCUUGUUAAGUCGAGCCUGGGAACCGCCUUGGUCGAUCCAUUGAAGCUGGCGCUGAAUCUCUCGCGAAACGAUCUGACCAACGCCGGUGAUGAUGAGUUGCACGACCACCUCCACGGAAAACCGAAACAGAGGCUGUUAAACCGCAGCCUGUCUUUGGACCCGAGCUGGAAUUCGAGAAGCCGUGGACACCGCCUGCCCUGGGGGCGGGUUGCUGGAGGACCGGACGCCUGGGCAACAUUGCUGAGGUGGCAGCCGUGCUUGAGUCUGUUGACCGACUCUUUGGCACCCGAAUUCCCGCACGUUGCCUAG